CAAUUGCAACGGAACUUGCUGGAAACAUCUGGUUUCUGUUUAAUUCAAGCACCAGACGAACUGCACAAGGACAACCAAAAAGAAAAAAUAGAGAAAAAGUAGGAACCAUAGCACAAUGAACUGUAGAGAUGCCGAUAUGACGGAGGCGGAGGCUGCACCUCCACCGCCGCACGUAGCGGUCUCCAGUGCUGAUCCCAACGAUGUUAGGAAUUUGCUGACAAUGGCUCGUCAACUAGUUCAUCAAGGAAAGCCUUCCCAGGCGCUCCAGGCGGUUUACUACCUUGAAGCAUGUAAUGGUUUUGCUGGAAUCCAUUUGGGUGCAGCUGUUACUGAACUUCAGAGUCCCAGAGCCAGCCCUAUGAGAUAUCAAUUGUUUUUGGUCCCCAACUAUUUGUCAUUAGUCCCCUCAAAUCUCACUCUCAUUUUGAAGGUGGUGAUGGCUAUGAAAAUGCAAGGCGGUGAGCAAGCCGUGUCUGAAGCUCUAAAACGUGCUCGUGAGAUGUACAUAAAUAAAGUACAAGCCACUGCAGCAGCCGAUGAACUAGCUUCACUUUUUGCUGAAUGCGCAAUAGCCGAGGCCAUGCCUUUACAGCAACCUAAUAAUAAUAAUAAUAAUAAUAAUAAUAUGGAGGAUGACAGGCUGGCGGAGCCGGACCCACAGGGAACUUCGAUUCUUGCGGAGACAGGGAGAAAGCAGAUUGUGCUCGAUGCCUUCUCGGACGGGAGCAGCUUUGUGUGCCUCAAGUGUGGGGGACUCGUCAGCAAUAAUCGCAAGGAGGAACAUUUCACAUUCUGGUGUUGCAAUGGCUGA